CAUCCGCAUUUCACUGUACGUGUGGUGUAAUAGCCCCAUAAAUAGUCGCUGGUGAAUAGCCAGCCCUCCUCAUAGCCCUGCGAUCAGUCCCCAGCUUUUUUGAGGACAGCCGCCCUCCUUCUGUAGGCGCGGUAGUCUGGUGCUAUUCUCCCAGCUUCCUCGCGUUUUUAUGAACUGUUCGAGUCUGUAACCACCGACUGCACCAGCGACUUUCUGACGGCCCACGGUGGAGCUACGGGAAUAGCCUGUUGGGGAGAUAUUAACAAAUAAUGGCUACUGAAAACUUGGAAAUGACCAGUGAUGCUGACCGAAACGGCGAGGUUGAGGCCCCGCUGCGGCACAAUGGGAGGAGGCAGCAGAGACCCCUGAAUAUGAACAACUAUGCCAAUAAGAAGAGUGCAGCAGAAAGCAUGCUAGAUGUAGCUCUGCUCAUGGCUAAUGCCUCCCAGCUGAAGGCGGUGAUAGAGCAAGGUCCAAACUUCACCUUUUACGUGCCCCUCAUUACUCUCAUUAGCAUCUCUCUCAUCCUGCAGAUCGUAGUCGGAGUUCUGCUCAUUUUUAUUGUUAAGUGGAAUCUGAAUGAUGAAAGCAAUCACUACAGGCUGGACAUCAUGGAGAACGUCUCCACGGCUUGCGUCUUUGUCAUAGUUGUCAUCAACGUCUUCAUUACGGCCUUCGGUGUCCAGCAGCCCAGCUCGAGUGGUUGAUCAUAUUUUUACAUGAUUUUCAACACCUCCUGCUCAAUUUACUAAAGACAGACUUCCAGAGAGGAUCCAGCAACAGAUUUAUUCACCAAACUGGAUGACGUGCAGCUGUAUUUUCAUUUCUGUAAUUCAGUCUACCAGGUCACAGGAGACCCAGCGUACCUGGAGGAUCAGGUUACAGUGCAUUGUCUGCUGUGUGUGUGUUGGAGGAGUUCCUUGCUUCUCUGACCAUGGCCAUUCAUGGACACCUUGUAUAGUUCAGUUCUUAUUUUAUGUGGCUGUUCACUAGUCUGUUACCUCUUCUCAUGCUCAGGUUACUGAUGCAAAUAAACGACUGCCUUUACGCAUAAAACAAACAUCAGGAGCAAUAGUCACAAUCACUGUGAGGGUUUCCUGAACAAAAGAAGAUUUCCUGCUUUUAUUUUGAAGUUUUUCUACAUGUUAGUUGUGCCUUCAUGUUAUUUAAAAAAAGAACAAACACAAUCACCACCGCAUAAUCCAAAGAAAAUUCUUGAUGGUGGUUAGUGCAUCAUGGUUCAUCUUGUUGCUGCAAGAAGUAUUAUAAACUUAGUUUGUGUUGGCUGAUUAUUUCUUUGUCGUUUGCUUCCUGGCAAUAAAUUUUAUACAGUUGGAAAACCUGUUUCCCCCCCGUAAAUGCUGCUCAAUCCAUAUUUGUCAGGAAAAUGUGGGUUGAGCAGCAGAGUUGAGUAUGUGGGUUGUGCAGAGUCUUCUCUGCCAGUGGCAAACAGCUUAUUCUGCUAUUGACUUCUGUUUUGAGCUUCUGGUACCUCAGGUGCUGACAAUCACACUUGUCAUCAUUGGAGGCAAUCUUGAUGCAGAGUGAUAUCGAGGCUGUGUCUGGUUCUUCCACAUGCUACUGAGCCCCCUGUUUGUUGAGUGAAUAAACUGUUAAAUACAAUAAAUUACACCAAACAAGAGUCCAUAGCAGAAUAAGCUGUUUUCUCGAUUUUCAUGGGCAUGACCCACAUGCUCAACUCUGCUGCUCAACCCACAAAUAAAUUUUCCUUACAAAUAUGGCACCUUUAAGAGGAAAUAAACAGGCUUUCCAACAGUGUAAGACUUAUUUACAAGAAGCAUUGUUACAACAAAGAAAUAACCAAACACAAAUUUUCUUACUUUUUAUGCCGUUUAUAUAAUAAAACAGCUUUACUGUUUACUGUUCCCUGUAUGAUUACAGGGGGCCUUACCUGCUUUAUUUUUAAGUGCUAUGCAAAGUUUAGUGUUUAGCCUCUUCAGUCAAGAUAGAGGAAUUUUUGUGGUUAAAAAAACUUCAUCCUCUGUCUGCAUGAUUCUUUUUAAGUAGGAGAUGUCAAUAAAUAUUACAGUACAAGAUAUAAUAAUAGAAAGUGAUGCACACAGCUGCGUACACGGUGACCAGAGAGAAUAAUAUUUAUCUCAGUACAUACACCAGCUCAUUGUUGACCCACCUAGGGUUCAGAGUUUUGGUUUAAUUUCCACCCCUUUCUUACAGAAUUUUCACCAGUAUGGAAAUAUAUUACAAAAAUAUAUUACAGUUGAUUUGAAAGGUUACAUCUUUUAGUUUCUGACCAUCUGCCUUGUUAGCAUGUGGUUAAAGCAAAACCGAACACCAGCUCUUGAUGGGUCACCGGUGAUCAGGUGGAUGUUAAUAGGUUAAACUGAUUUGCCUUUAUUAGUCUGUUUCUGUUUGUUUAUUGUAAAUUACAUGGUUAUUUGUGUAAGGAUCAACAUUUUUCUUAGCUUUUAAUGUAUAAUCUCAUAUUACACAUCAUUUUUAAAAAUAAUUUGUUAUACAAAAUAAAACUACAAAACCA